CAAGUGCUCACGGAUCGAGACCCCCCUUCAGCGUAACAGCGACCAUCCUCGCAGACUUAAGAACACCAUCGCCCAGGCCGGGGACUACACUCAAGUUCACCUUUCCCGUCGCCCGUCCCAACUCCUCUCCAUCGCCUUGCUCAAUUAUGGAUCAUUAUUCCACGUCUCCGUCUGCGAUCGCGGCGGUAUCGUACACAGCCCCCAGACAGUAGUAUGAGAUGAAUGGGGACCCGCAGACGACUUCGUCGUCGUCCGGAGGCUCCUACAUGACCUUACAGAUAUAGAAAUUGGCCGAGAGCCGCAAUGCUUCGGAGAGCAACAUUCCUUGUUUUUCCCUUUCAACGCUCGACGGCGAUUGGCAGCCUGCUGCUGGUGAGAAUUCUUUGAUGACAACCGGCCACUCUACCGGGACAUCCUACUCCCUUCCGAGUCGCGGGGCUGUCGUUCGGAAGGUUGAGCGAGCCACGGCUGGUGCUGUAGGUGCGGAGUACAUCAUGAAGAGCGCUUGGCAUCCCGAUGAUCGCAGGCUAGAGGCCAAAAUUUACAAAUACCUGAAAGAGAAGCAGCUCACCGGUACACCUGGUAUCGCGGAUUUCCUGGUCGGGCAAGACGUGACGUUCACCAAUAAGGAUGUUGCAACCCAUGGCAUGCGAAUACCUUGAGCGGCUGCCGUUGGAGUGUUUGAAGCUAUACUGCUGCUGAUUACCGGCCCUACUAUGCUAUAGUCUGGGGCUGGCAGACCUGUGAAAUCGUCCAAUGCACACCGUAUUGAA